AUGCGCGCUGGACCGGUCCCGCGCGGAGGGGAGGCAACUGCAGUGCGGUCCCGGGGAGACGAGCCAAGGGGGACGGGGGUCGGCAGGGACUUGCCGAGUGCAUCGGGGGCCCGGACAGCUGCCUGUCGGAGUCGCCGCCUGGCCGGGUCACGCGUGGAUCUGGAACCGCGUGGGCGCGACGUCCCUUCCCGAGCGGGGGGAGAAGGGCUGGAAGGGGGUUCUGGGACGGGCCCUGAGCUGAAGAGCCGUGGCGCCGAAGGUCAGAGACGCGGCGGAGAGAGGGAUGGCCGGACAGAGCCCGCAGACGCGGACACAGGCGGCCAAGAAAGAUGCGGGAUCCGGCAGCAGACGCCGCGGGGCACCCGAACGUGGACGCCCAGCCUGCAGGGGCCAAGGCCACCGCCCUCGCGGGGCUGCAGAAGGCAGGGGACGCCCUGUCCCCCCAUGGGGGUCCAAGGCGCCUGCGGUGGCCACAGUCUUUGGGGAGAUGGGAGGCCAGGCCUGCAGCUGGUGGAGGGAGCUACGUGCGUGCUACCCUGGACACGGCCAGAGAUGAGCAAGGACCAAGAGGAAGAGGAUGGAGAGGCAGAAGCAUCACACUGUUUGGGAGAGGAGGGACAGGAGGACACAGAAGCCUCCCAGGAGAAACUGAAGGACCAGAGGAGGGAGUAGGAGGGCCUGACCAUGGAGGGGAGGAACGGGAAGACAGAGUGACAGGGCACCUGGCUUGGCUCCUGGAGCAACUGACACUGGUUGGUGGGCACCUUCUCCUGGCCACACAUCUGCGUGUGACAGCCACAGAUGCACAGGGAUGGGGGCAUGGGAGGACUGAGCAGAAAGGGCUGGGGGGCUCUCUCUCUACCAUAGGGCCUCUGCCCCUCAGCUCCCUGAUAAAGAGAAUGGGAAUUGUGUUCUUGACAAGGUGAGGGACCUGAAUCUGACAGGGCUCACGCUUAGUCAAACUUAGAACCUGAAACUCUCAACCACCCUCUUCAAGGUCCUUCUGGCUCCCAACCCCCACCUCCCGCCACCCCACCCUAAGGGUGGGAGGAACCCUGGGGGAGUAUGGGGGCUGAGAUCAUCAUUCUGGGACAGUAGAGAGAAAAGCCCAGGCCUGACAGAGGGGUCCCACUGGCCAGAGACAAGCCUCUGGGGAAACCCAGGCUGUCUCUGGACGUCAGGGCCACUGCCAGAGCAGGGCCACUGCCAGACUGGCCGCCAGCCAGGCUGCAGGAGGGACAGUGGCCAGCAUCCUCUUCCACUCUCAUCAGAGGGGCCAGCUUUGUCUCCAGCUCAGCUUCCCUGUGAGCCAGGACUGGGGUCUGCAGAACGUCUGGUGGCUUCUGGGGUGAGGGAAAGUAGGUGCCUGGUGCUCAGCCCUGGUGCAAUUGUUCAUCUGGGUCAGCAGAGGUCGAGGGAGGCCCUGUAGGCCCAGAGGGCCAUUGUAUCUCCAGCUCCCCAGGCAGGAGGCCGCUGGCCACAGAGCCUCUCCCCAGGAACAGACCUCUGCACACGCUACUCUGCCCCCACCCCCAAGCCCUCACAGAUGGUGUUUGGAAGUUAGGGAGGGCCUCCCCACAGCCCCCAAGCGGGACUUAUUGCUCUCCAGGGACCCAGCCACCUGUCCCAGCCUCUGGCUGGGGCCUCUCCCACCUCCCACCUCUCCACUGGUCCUGCCCCCUCCUGGCACCUUCUGUAACAAAGAAGCUCCGCCUCCCCUCCCCCCACCUGCAACUCAGGCUGCAGUGCUUGGCCUCCCCCACCCCACCCCACCCCUGCCCCUAGAGCGGCAGCUCCAGCUUUGGGACACAGGCUGGGGUGAGGGCAUAGAGGGGCUGGACAGUCCCAGGCAGCAGGGAGCUGAGAGUCUUUCCUG